CUCGCCCGCACACCUGACCACCCAGCGACUGCCUUCAUCAGACUUAAAUCACAACAAUGGCUUCGCUGCUUACUCGUCCUCAGCAGGCGUUCGGUGCUCGCUCGGCUGUGAAGCCAGCCGCGCGGCCCCUGCGUCUAGUAGUCCGCGCCCAGGCCAGCAAGCCCUCGCAGCCGCUCGCCCAGCUCGCCAAGCCAGCGCUUACUGCCUUUGUUGCUAAUGCGCUGAUGGCGAUGCCCGCCGCCGCUGAGGCUGGCAAGAUUUUCGACUUCAACGCCACGCUGCCAGUCAUGGCUGGCGAGUUCCUGCUCCUGAUGGUGUUCCUGGAGAAGACCUGGUUCACGCCUGUUGGGAAGGUUCUUGAUGAGCGUGAUAACCAGAUCCGCUCUAAGCUGGGCUCGGUGAAGGACAACACGGGCGAUGUGGAGAAGCUGGUCAUGGAGGCGGAGUCUAUCCUGAAGUCAGCUCGCGGCGAGGUCAGCAGCAUGAUUAACUCCAAGAAGAACGCUAAGCAGGCUGAGCUUGAUAAGGCAUACAAUGAGGCGAAGGCGAAGAUCACCGCGGAGGUUGAGUCCGCGAUCGCUGGCCUGGAGAAGGAAUCAGCUGGCAUGCUGAAGACCCUGGACGCCCAGGUGGAUAAGAUCAGCGCAGAGGUGCUGAAGCGCGUUCUCCCUGAGGGUGUGAAGGUGUAAAUUGGGCCCGCUUGGGUAGCAGCGUAGCUUGCCUCCAUGUGACCUGUGGAUUGCACGUCGGGUUGUGCCGGCGCGCCUCCUCGUGCAAGCAUCCGCGCACAUCCAAUGGGACAGUUUUAUGCGGACUAUGGUGGAGAGAACUCGCCGUGGUGGAGCGCUGGGGGGGACGUGAAUUGCUGGGAUGUUUGCAUCCAGAUGGGGUGUACUGGACGAAGCUGCAACUGUGGUCCUCCUUUGCGUCUUUGGCAUCCGCAGCCAUGUAGACGUUGAUUACAUUGUACAGAGCUGCACUGACGAGACAUUUUGUUGUUAAUCGAGUGCUGCCGGCGGGGCAGUUUUCUUGGAUGCCCAUCUGUCGCCGGGUGGUGUAUCGGGAGCGCCCCUCGCGAGCCGCUAGACAGAGAGAGAGGUGUGGAGGGGUGGGCGCCGCGUGUCACCUGGGUUGUGCUUUUGGGGCUUACCUUUAGGUUGAGGCAGGUGAUUUCCCGGGAGGAAGAAACAGGCAUGAGGAGAAGAAACAGCAUUAACAAGAAAGCGCCUUUUCGCCACGUGAUGAUGGUCGACUAAUGGUGCCGUACCCUAAUGGUCUUCUGUACGGCAGUGGCAUGUGUUAAGUAAGCGUUGGAGCAGGCCAUGCGGCUGCUGGUUAGGCACCUGGGCACACCGCUUGCUUGUCCCAAUACUACGUGCCUGUAAAGUAUCUAAGCAAGGAUUGUGCUGCUUUCUGUUCCGCCGGUUGCAUGGUACGAUGUGCGUGGUGAUGGGAGGAGCGGUCGAAGUGCCGCAAGAACGGGGCGACCUUUGCACCUCGUCUCUCUCUACCUUCCACAUGGGGUCUGUCAACCAUGCAAUCACACCUUUCACAU